AUGGCAGUAAUCAACAUCUUGUUCCAAUGUGAGAUCCUGGAUGAUGAUAGAAUUUUGCGUGGACACACGGCCCUUCAAGAGCUUCAACAAUUGACUCAGGGAGAACUUGUGCCUGCAACACUUAUUGCUCGAUCAGAGGACCUCCGAGAGAAGAUGCGAAGCAAGCAGGCAUCCAAUGGACACAAGUCCUGGUCAUUCUCCAAAUUCCACAUCCUACUUCAUCACAGUUUCUCAUCCUUCACAGCCAAAGGAGUGCCUGCAAACUCAAGCACGAAACCAAAUGAAAAGGAGCACAAAUUUUUUCGCGAUACAUUUCAUGCAGGCAAUUUCAAGAACACCGCCAAGCGAGUUACCAUCCAGACACAGCAAGUCCAAAUCCUGGACCUUAUUCGUCAAGACAUCGAACAUUCCACCACCAGCACCAGUGACCCAUCCACUGUGGCACUGGAAGGACCCAUCAAUUCUGCAAGUGAAGCACAAAGCCCCAGUGCCAAUAGACCCAGAACUUUGAAAGCUGUUGCAUGCUCAAUUUUCUUUAUUGAGCAAUCUCACUUGGACGAACCCGUGUAUCUUGGCUUGACUCUGAAGUUCUGA